AUGAAGACGCGGUCGAAUGAUGGCCAUCGAACCCUCGUCGCAAUCACACCAACCAUGACCGAACGACCAUCAACGACAGCAAAGACGAACGAAAAUAGCACCGCCAACUCAUCACCACAGGUCCAUGCUGAUCGGAAAAACAUGCCGUUGAACGAUUGGAAUGCGAUCCGACAGUCAUGGCUACAACCGAACAAUAUCAACAAUCUACCGUCGUCAUCUACGAAUCAAACUACUAUUACUACUUCCACUUCCGAUAAUGGCCAGAAGCGAACCGUGAAGAGGCUGGCAAAAAUUGAUCAGAUGUUGGCCGAUUACGAUAAAGCAUCCCGACUCGGCCAUCCCAAUCCAAAGCCUAUGCUGAGCGUGAUUGACUUCGCAGAUCGAUUGACAAAUCAGGCCCAGGGCCACCCCGGACCAAUUCCACUAUCUCAAGCGGUUUCAAUGCUAUAUCGAAGCUGGUUUCAUGAUGGUACGAUUCCAGACUCAUUUCCAUUUCAUCUCGAAAAGAUGAAAGAUGCCAAUGAUACUGAACAAGAGCAACAGGAAUGA